AUGGCUACUCAACGAACACAUGCUCUUUCAUUCAAAAUAUUGGCAGAAUGUUCAACAACAAAAGCAAGAGCCAGUCUUAUGAAACUUCCUCAUGCCACAGUCGAUACACCUGUAUUUAUGCCUGUUGGUACCCAAGGAACGUUGAAAGGUCUCGUACCUGAUCAAUUGCGGGAGUUAGACUGUCGGAUUGUGUUGGGGAACACCUACCACUUGGGUCACAGACCGGUUUGUAAUGAUGACAGCUGAAAAAGUUCUGGUUUACACAAGUUUAUGAAAUGGGAUAGGGCUCUUUUAACUGACAGUGGAGGCUUCCAGAUGGUGUCUCUCCUAAAACUGGCAGAAAUCACAGAAGAAGGAGUCAAAUUCCAGUCUCCUCAUGAUGGUUCAGAGAUGAUGUUGACCCCAGAACACUCAAUACAUAUACAAAAUGCUAUAGGUGCUGAUAUCAUUAUGCAGUUAGAUGAUGUUGUACACAGCUGUAUAACAGGCCCUAGGGUAGAGGAGGCAAUGUACAGAACAAUCAGAUGGCUAGACAGAUGUUUAAAAGCUCACAAAAGACCACAUGACCAAAACAUAUUUCCUAUUGUGCAAGGUGGUCUGGAUAGUGGUUUUACGUUGCAUGUCAUUACAGAGUUAACAAAGAGAGAUGUACCAGGCUUUGCUAUUGGUGGUUUAAGUGGAGGAGAAUCAAAGGAUGAAUUCUGGAGAAUGGUGGACAUUUCAACAGAUCAUUUACCUAGAGACAAACCACGCUACUUGAUGGGAGUAGGGUUUGCUGUUGACCUGGUGGUAUGUGUGGCUCUGGGAUGUGAUAUGUUUGACUGUGUUUUUCCUACCAGAACUGCUAGGUUUGGAAAUGCGUUGACAUCUACAGGAACCUUAGUUCUACACAGGUCAGAGUUUGCUGAAGAUUUUCAUCCAAUCGAGGAAGACUGUUCAUGUACAACUUGUAAGAACUACACACGGGCUUAUCUACACAGUAUAGUGGAAAAUGAGGCUGUGUCAUGUUCUCUUAUCACGACACACAAUGUAGCAUACCAGCUACGACUGAUGAGGACGAUGCACAAGAAGAUUGUGGAAGACAAGUUCCCCGAGUUUAUUCAGGACUUUUUUAACAAACUCUAUCCAGAUGGUGAUUUCCCACAGUGGGCAGUCGAUGCUCUAGCUUCUGUCAAUGUCCAGCUUAAAAAUUCCUGAUACUGGUUUCAAAGACUAGAAAACAGAAACAAUGAAAAGGUGAAAUUAUUAAUUGACUGUGUCAGCAACAAAAGCCUAUUCCUGAAAUUUUCAUCAAUUAUUUGCCAGGAACUGGAUGAAUAGACAGCAAGUAUCCUUGAAAAGAGAUGUGUGCAAUAUUACCAAGGUGGUUAGUAUGGGACUAUGGGUAUUGUCUGGCAUCCACACAAUACUGAUUAUUAAUUUAACUAAUUGCAAGUAUGGUGUAAUGAUAGAAUUAACUGGAUUUCACAAUCUGAUACCCAAUUUUAGUUUGUCAGUUUAUGUAACUGAAUCAGAUAGAGCAAUAUAUAUUUCAUCAGCUAUUUUGAAAUGUCAGUAUUUGUUAGCAAUUAGUCAGGUUAUAAAUAUGAAUUAGCUAUGUUAAGAUCCAUCUUUUUAAUGCAUAGAAUGAAGUGACUCUGAGCGUUAACUUCAAAUACACAGCCGUCAGGCUUGAACUGUUAUUUGAAUCCAUUUUACUGUCAGAGGAAAAAAAGUGAAACAUGUUCUGCACAAGAAAAACUGUGAGCCAUUUUUAUAUACAGGAAAUUUUGCAGGUGAA